GCAAUACAAUGUUCGCUUAUACCGUAAGCACGAAGCAGCAAAGUCUCCCAUCAUCAUCAUCUCCAUUUCUCCCCCAAAUCGCAAAGCCCUAGUGUAAAACCCUAGCCACCUCCCAAAAUGGACCCACAAGAAGACCAAACCAAGAAGCCCUCCAAGAAGGAGGCCGCGAAAGCCGAGCGUCUCCGCCGCAAGCAAGAACUCGCCGCCGCAUCCGCCGCCGCCGCCGGCGUCUCCUCCGUCUCCAUCGACGAAGCCGACCCUCUCGCCUCCAAUUACGGCGAGAUUCCACUAAUUGAGCUGCAAUCCAAGUCUAUUGCCGUUCAGCAAUGGACCGAGAUCGGGUCGCUUGGAGAAAGCUUGAAAGAGUCGAGCGUGUUGAUCAGGGGAAGGGUCCAUAGUAUUCGAGCCGUGUCAAAGAAGAUGGUGUUUGUGGUUGUGAGAGAGAAGGGGUUCACGGUGCAGUGUGUGUUGACGGUGAAGCCGGAAGUUGUUAGUCUACAGAUGGUUAAGUUUGUCACAAAUUUGAAUAAGGAGUCGUUUGUCGAUGUCGAAGGAGUUGUCUCUGUUCCGGCUUCUCCGCUUAAGGCCACCACUCAGCAGGUGGAAAUUCAAGUUAGUAAGGUUUAUUGCGUCAACAAGGCUCUACCAACAUUGCCUAUAAAUAUUGAGGAUGCAGCUAGAAGUGAAUCGGAAAUUGAAGCGGCUUUACAGGCUGGUGAACAGUUUGUUCGUGUUAAUCAGGAUACCCGUUUGAACAACAGGGUUCUUGAUUUGCGCACACCUGCUAAUCAAGGGAUCUUUCGCAUCCAGUACCAAGUUGAAAAGAUUUUCCGGCACUUUCUGGAGGAUGAGGGUUUUGUUGGUAUCCAUACACCAAAAUUAAUGGGAGGCUCUAGUGAAGGUGGCUCAGCAGUUUUCAGGUUACAGUACAAAGGAGGGGUACCUGCUUGCUUGGCACAGUCACCUCAGCUUCACAAGCAAAUGUCAAUCUGUGGUGAUUUUGCGCGUGUUUUUGAAGUUGGUCCAGUUUUUAGGGCCGAGGACUCUUUCACACACAGACAUUUAUGUGAGUUUACCGGACUUGAUGUUGAGAUGGAGAUUAAGCAACACUAUUCUGAGGUUAUGGAUAUUGUGGAUCGGCUUUUUGUUGCAAUGUUUGACCAUUUGAAACAAAAUUGCCAAAAAUUGCUUGAAGCAGUUGGGAAGCAAUACCCAUUUGAGCCUUUAGUGUACUUGCCAAAAACUCUCCGACUCACAUUUCAAGAAGGGGUUCAGAUGUUAAAGGAAGCAGGGGUUGAAGUUGAUCCCCUUGGUGACCUUAACACAGAGGCUGAAAGAAGACUUGGACAGCUUGUUUUUGAAAAGUACAAAACUCAGUUCUAUAUACUUCACCGCUAUCCAUUAGCUGUUCGACCAUUCUAUACUAUGCCUUGCCCGGAUGAUAAUGCAUAUAGCAAUUCAUUUGAUGUCUUCAUUCGAGGAGAAGAAAUAAUAUCAGGAGCUCAGCGUGUCCAUGUUCCUGAGUUUUUAGAAGAACGUGCAAAAGCUUGUGGGAUAGAUGUCAAGACAAUAUCAACAUAUAUUGAUUCAUUUAGGUAUGGCGCUCCUCCCCAUGGAGGGUUUGGAGUGGGAUUGGAGCGCGUGGUGAUGCUGUACUGCAACCUCAACAACAUCCGCAAGACAUCACUUUUUCCACGUGACCCACAAAGGAUUGCUCCUUAAAAUUUUCAGAUAUUCUUUAUCAAGCCAUUUGGCUUUUCUUAUAUUUCAAUUCUGGAGUUUGCUGGAUUGCAUAUCAUUGAAAUGUUAAGCAUAUUUAACUAUGUAGAAGCCCUGCACGGGGAUCUAUAGCGUAAUAUUUAUUUUAUAAGCUAAACCUUUAUUUUGUUA